AUGGUCAAGCGGGUCACAGUCGGUAGCCGACCAGAUCAAACGGCCCGAUGCGGCGUGGAUGGCCAUGUUCCGUUGGGACAGGACAGAAAGGGACACGGUAGUAACCGAAGUCAGACCAGAUCAGACCCUAAAAACGUGAUCUUUAGUAACCUAGCGACCUGCCAGGCACUGAAAGAAGGUCGUAUUAUUCGAUUCUAUCGUCCUACCGCAGUUACCACCGUUGGACAGAUCGGCGCUCGAUGA